AUGACUAAAAAAUUCGGAGUAGUGCUAACUUUGUUAGUUUUUGUAAGUUUCUGCAGCGGAUAUAAACUUUUAUUAGUAUUUCCUGUACCUUCAAGAAGUCAUUUCAAUUUAGGAAGUGCAUUGGCACGAGGUUUGGCUAAUGCAGGACACGAUGUAACACUUCUAAGCCCUUAUAAUGAUAAAUAUGUUCCCACUAAUGGAACGUAUAGACCAAUAGAGUUGAACGAAAUUGCAGAAGAAUAUAACAAAUAUGGAAUGGACAUGUUUACCUUCGGUGAAUCAACCACAAAAUUAUUUAAAAUGUUCACCGAUUUAAUUAACCUAAUAUCUAGGGGUACUUUAGGGUCUCCUAAGGUUAAGAAAUUGCUCGAUAAUGGAGAGACAUUUGAUGCAGUCAUUUUGGAAGAAUUUACCACAGACGCGUUGAAAGUAUUUAGACAUCUGUUUAAGGCACAUUUAAUUGCUUACAGUAGCGUUGGCCCAAACUCAAUGGUUAAUGAUCUCGUUGGAAACCCAUCUCCGUUGUCGUUUAUACCAGAAAUGAAUUCAGGUUUACCCAUGAAAAUGUCGUUCUUCCAAAGAGUUUACAAUCUUUGGAUUCAUGUGUUCUUCAAAGUGUUCUUUGCGCUGGCCAUGCCCAAUCAGGAAAUACUUCUUAAAGAAUAUUAUCCGGACUCUCCGUCCAUAGAGGAUUUGAAGAAAAAUAUAUCGUUGGUCUUAAUGAAUUCGCAUGUGAGUAAUUUUCAACCGGUGCCAACAGUUCCCAAGAUGGUGGCUAUAGGCGGUUACCACGUGCAGCCUCCGAAAGGGCUUCCCAAAGAUUUGAAAGAUUAUUUGGAUAAUGCCGAACAUGGUGUUGUGUACUUUAGUAUGGGCUCUGUUUUAAAGAGCAAAAAUAUGCCGAGGGAAAAAAUCGACGUUCUUAUUGGAGCGUUCAAACAACUUAAGCAGAAAGUGCUUUGGAAAUGGGAGGAGGAUAAUUUACCAGGAAUACCAGAUAAUGUAAGAACAAUGAAGUGGGUCCCGCAAGCAGAUGUUUUAGCCCACCCUAACGUAAAGCUAUUUAUAACACACAGUGGUUUACUCAGUACCACUGAAACAAUUUACUAUGGAAAACCUGUAUUGUGUAUACCAAUUUUUGGAGAUCAGCCGAUAAACGCCCAGAAUAUGGUGAACCAUGGAUUUGCUCUGCGCCAUGAUUACAAAGAUCUGACAAAUUCCGAAGAGUUUUUGUCUAAAAUAAACGAAAUGCUGAACAAUCCUAAGUACUAUGAAAAUGCUCAGAUGAGAUCCAAAAUUAUGCAUGACAGAAAAGUUAGGCCUAUCGAUGAAGCCGCCUUUUGGGUUGAAUAUGUGAUACGACACAAUGGUGCUGAACAUCUUCGUGUGGCUGGUGAAGACUUGACGUGGUACCAAUAUCUUCUUAUUGAUGUUGUGCUUUUGGUAUCUGCUGUGGUACUACUAGUAUUGACAGGAUGUUUUGUACUUUUGAGAUGUAUUACUAGAAAAAUUUUAGGCAAAUAUUGUAGGUGCAAAAGUACAAGUGAGAAGAAUAAGAAAAUCAAGAAGAAUUAGUUUAAUCUUUUUUGUUAUAUAUUGUUAUAUAAAUU